AUGGAGUAUGACCGUCAUGAUGCCACCUUGUUGUCGGACAGGAGCUUUUGCUGGCUCUGCAUGGGCGAUGGACAUGAGGCUUUGCGGGAUGCUCUUGCGUGCAGAGAAAUGAGGCCUGGCUGGCCAAAGGCCUGCUACCGGCAGGGCCAAGCGCUCAUGUUAUUGAAGGACUAUGGGGCUGCAUGCGAUGCUUUUCUGGAUGCAGCCAAGCUGGACCCAGGGAGUCCUGAGAUUGAGUCUGCGUUGCGAAGCGGAAACAAAUACAGAAACCUCGAAAAUGAAAACGGAAACAAAUACUACCGGAAACAGAUACAGAGCAAAUACAGAGCGGACACGGAAACAUAA